AUGACCUCGAACAUCCCCGAAAUUCUGCUUCUAUGCAUGGACACUGCCUAUAUAGCAGCCUUCAAUACUGCUCUGGGUGAUCUUUGGCCCAACCAUACCAAUAGCGAAAUGAAGAUCACAACCAUAAAUGAGCGCCUAAAUAGCAUUCCCGACUCAACAACCUUCGAUCUCAUAGUCUCGCCCGCAAAUUCCUACGGUCGCCUCGACGGCGCCUUUGACCAUGCAAUCUCGAUGACUUUCAGUCCACGCCAUGACUACCAUGCUCUCACCCGCGCAGCACAGCUAGCCAUCUAUGAUAAAUACCGAGGCUUCGCACCUCCGGGUUCUUGUACGCUCGUCGAGUUUCCCAAAGAUUUGAAAGAAAACCCGCGGGGUUGCUCCUGGGUGGCUAUCUGUCCGACUAUGCGGGAGCCUGACAAUGUGAACUGGGAUCGGGAGGUAGUCUAUAAAUGCACUUGGAGUCUACUUUGUGAGGUUGAGGGAUAUAAUCGUCAUGCCAGUGCUAAGGAAUCUGCAACGGGAGCUAAUUCGGGGAGUAUUAAAACACUUCUUCUGACUCCAUUGGCGGUUGGUGUUGGGAGGGUUAGCAAGGAGCGGUGGGCGGCGCAGACAGUCAUGGCCUUCAAGCAUUUUGUGGAGGCUGUUCAGAAACCGGAGGUGUGGAGUAGGUUGGAGUGGAAUACCAUCGAGAAGAUGGGAAAGGAGAUUCAAGAAACUUGGAAGGAUACUUGA